AUGCAGGCCAGUCAGACACAAAGUCCAAGGAAGAGCUUGCAGCCGUUCGCAACCAGGCAAACCUCAAGACUGUCCAGCGCAACGACCCCGCCCUCGCAGAGAUUCUCGACACGACAGCCUACGCAGUCAUCUACCACUGGGGAGACACCGGCAAGUGGGAGAAGCAGAAGCAGGAGGGCUCCCUCUUCGUCAUUAGGAGCCCCCGAGUAUGCGCUCUUCAUGCUGAACCGUCAGGCGGUGAAGAACGUCACGAUUCCGCUCGUUCCCGGAGAGAUGAAGGCAACGGUCAUCGACGCAAGCAUGCUGCAGGUUGCACGGAGAGGAGAGAAAAUCCGGUACGGUAUCUGGUUCACGGACUCGAACGACGUGCAGAGGUUCCGAGACACGAUCGUGCGGGUUUGCGGCGAGCCGGUGAAGCCGCCUCCGGGCUCUGCUCCUGCCACCUCCUCCUCUGCCCCUGCCCCGUCAAGCUCUGCCCCGCGACCUGCCACCACUGCCGUUGCCCCGUUCCACCCUCCGAACCACGCCGUCGCUCCCUACAAGCCCCAGCAGGAGGACGGAUUAUCACGAUUGUUCGCUGGCCUAACAACGGUCCCGGCUGGCAGCUCAGGCGGACCGUCGCCUCAGCCAGCUAGCCCGUUGCCGACCGACCCCGCGAUCUACCACCACACCCCGACGCACCAGACCCCGAACCACCAGACGCCGACACGGACGCCUCCUCAGCAGCAGCCCCCGCAGCAGCAGGCGCGGAGCACGCCUCCUCCGCCAGCUCAAGGUGCAAACUUUGCGCCUGGACAGACAGUCGACGACCUCCUCCGCGGUAUCCUUGGACAGCCGUCCGGCCAGCCCUCCCCUCAACCCCCCGCUCCCCGGCAGCAGGCUCCGCCAACAGCUCCCGCCCAGCCGCAGUUCACCUCCCCUCCCCCUCCUCCAGGACCUGGCGGUUUCCCUCCCGGACCACCCAUGAACGGCGCGGGACCUGCUGGACCCGGACCCAACGGUCCCAACGGCCCGCCGAACGGCUUCUUUGGUCCCGGCGGUAUCCCACCGCCCGUCGUUGCUCGUGACGCUCUCGCCGACACGAUUCCCCCGCCGCCCUCUGGACCCAACAGCCGGGACCAGAUGAAGGACAUGAUCAACGCGCUGAUGCGCGAGGACCGGUUCGUCGACGACGUGUGGCCCGGCUGUCUGACCAAGACUAUCUCAUCUAUCCCGUCUGCUCACCCCUCUGCGCGACUCUCGCUUGCUCUACUUAAGCCGUCUUCCACCAGCCUCUGCGCCCACGGUUUCCCUGCAGCCCACCCAUCUGCCUUCCUCGCCUUCCCCGCUCGUGCUCGACAUCUACACACCACUUCCUCGAAGCUCGAGAAACGAAGAAUGUCUCGCCACACGCCUAUCGCAGGUGAGCUGAGUUACUCGGAGGCAAAGCUGACGGGAUCAGAACUGAACAAGACUCGCAAGCCCUGGGAUGCUGCGAAGCCGUAUGAGAUCACCCAGAGCCCGGACCCGGCGUUCAAGCUUGGUAGCGGGAUGACUGAUGAUCCCGCGUACGCCGCAUUCAAGCCCGAUGCGCCCAUCAAAACGCUCAACCUGGACGAGCUCCGCGGCAUGGACCGGUACAAGAACAUCAAGGACACGCGCGAGUUCUGCGUCAGCAUCAUUUCCGAAGCGUGGCUCGAGGCUGCCAACUAUGCUGCCGUCGAUGCGCCCCCGGACGUCAGCGAGUGGACCCUCACUGGUCUCACGAAGCGCAAGUCGGAGACUGUGUCUGUGCCUCACGUCGCCGAGGCAGGCGUCAGUCUCGAGUGCGAACUUGACCGCGCCGAGACUAUCAAGAACGACCAGGGCGUUGUUACGCAGACUGUCAUCUUUGGCCGCAUUCGCAAGGCUCACGUCAAGGAAUCCGUCCUCGACCCGGAGCAGCCCAGUGGCGCCUACAAGGUGCUGACCGAGAAGCUCAGGCCCGUGUCGCGUCUGGGUGGAGUAUCAUACGGAAGGUCUAUCCAGGAGUGCGAGAUCCCAAGAGGCGCCUGGAAGACGGAGAAGGAUCGGCCCGACGUCCAAGCGCUACUGGCCAAGGCCGACAAGAACAAGUCGAGUCUCUAA